UACUAGGUACCUACCUAGGUUAGUAGUAUGGAUUGGUAUUAGGUACCUAGCACUGACACCAAACCCGCAUCAUCAAUGGCACAUGCCCCUAAAAUAAUAGCCAUUGGUGAGCCCCAAUUGUUCCUAGGUUCCAGGGGGGGGCUUGCAACAUUUUUACCUAGUAACUAACUACACAGUUACUCUGUAGAGUCUGUACCCUUUUCUCCCUUGUCGCAAUAGAGGGACCCUUGAAGCAAGCACGAAGCAAGCACCUGUAAAAAAGAAUUCCCCGAGCCCCGACGUCGCCAGAUGAUAAGGUACCCUAUACCCUAUGCAGUAAUACUUACUAGGUAUAGUAGUACUAUAGUACUUACAUCCAUAUCUUAUCCACCGAGUUUCCGGCUACUAGGUACGAUUGAACUUACACCUUUACUUUUACUACUUUUACUUACUACGCUUCUUCUUCUUCUCCCUCACUCAGCUGCUCUGCUCUGCUCUCCUCUCCCCUCCUUCGUGACCCUUUGCGUCUUUUUUACCCUCUCCCCUCCUUGCAAUUUUAUAUUCUCUUCUCUUCUCUUCUCUACGUUACCUGUCGCUUUUGCCCUCUUUCUUUCCUUGCAUUGGUCUGGCUCAAUUGAUCUCUAGUGGCUGUUGCAAAAAUGGGCGUUAUUGACAAUGAGAUGAAGAAGCUGCAGGACGUAGUGUCCGGGCUGGAGGAUCGUGUAAGACGUCUGGAGCAACGACAAUCUGGCGAGAGUAUAACUUCAGAGAGUGUGCGCAUGAUUCUUAUGGGGCCUCCAGGAGCUGGAAAGGGAACCCAGGCACCCAAGAUAAAAGAAAAGUUCGCAUGCUGCCAUUUGGCCACAGGUGAUAUGCUCCGAUCCCAAGUCGCCAAGAAGACCACUCUUGGUCGAGAAGCAAAGAAGAUUAUGGACGCUGGUGGCCUGGUUAGCGAUGACAUUGUUAUCGGCAUGAUUCGGGAGGAAUUGGACAAUAAUAAAGAAUGCAAGGGCGGUUUCAUUCUCGAUGGCUUCCCUCGUACCGUAGCCCAGGCCGAAUCGCUCGACAAGAUGCUUGCGGAUAAGAACCAAAAGCUCCAACACGCCGUGGAGCUACAGAUUGACGACGCUCUGCUUGUCGCACGGAUCACUGGUCGCUUAGUCCACCCUGCUUCCGGUCGAAGCUACCACAGUAUCUUCAACCCACCAAAGAACGCCAUGAAGGACGACAUUACUGGCGAACCCCUGAUCCAACGCUCCGAUGACAACGCUGAUGCGUUGAAGAAGCGUCUGGUUACGUACCACGCCCAGACUGCCCCUGUCGUCGGUUACUACAAGAACACUGGCAUCUGGAAGGGCAUUGACGCUAGCCAAGAACCCGGCCAAGUCUGGUCCAGCUUGCUAAAGAUUUUUGACAACAGCCAAAGCUCCAAAACCAGUGGUGGCCUCUUAAGCAAGCUAACCCGUCAAUAACCCUGUAGUCGCCACUGUCACUGUCUUUAACUUUCAACACCCAGCCUGGUUUUUAACAACCUAUCUCUAAGUGGACGGAAAUUUGGUACAAAUACGGAGGGUUUAUACCAAUGAGCAGGGCAUCGCACGAUUUGUGUAGCAAGGAUGCUUACCUAAUCUUGUAAUCCAAUCCAAUGCGACGCAGUGUGAUGCGAUGCGAUGCGAUGCGGUAGGGAAAGGGUAUUUGGAGAAGCUUUUACGAUACCUGGAGCAAUGGAAGUGAUGAUGAGAAAAAAGGGGGGCGGGUUGAAAUGAAAUGAAUAAAAAAAAGAGGGCAACGACGCAUGGGACUGAACGCGACUUUGUAUCAUACGCACGACCUGCAUGUACUGUGUCAUUAAUUCAGCCUUUUCGAACAUAUGGAUGGAUCUCGUAAUCAUUCCUUCGUUGAUGCUCAUGGAGCGAUCUUUUGACUUGCUACGAAUAUGUCUUGUUGUGACCUUCUCGUCAUGGUACGUUUAGUAGAAAGAAGUAAGACACUGAAUGAAGCCUGAUUCUCUUUGUGAGGUCUGGUAUAUUCUUCUGUCUCAUAAUCUUGCGUGAGGGCUUCCUGUCUU